AUGGCUCUCCCGUCUGCCUCCUCGUUCAUUUCUUCUUCUUCUUCUUCUUCUUCUUCUUCUUCUUCUGCUUUGUCUUUGCCGAGUUCUGCUUCGAACCCCAUCGCUGCGCAGUUUUUUUGCCAGGUGUCUUCUCCCUCUGCUGUCUCUGUUUCCUCUCCUUCGUCCUUUUCUUCUCGCCUGGAGGGCCGCAGCGCUGCACCAGCUGAGUCCCCCGUCGGCAGACCUCGAGAGCUUCCUCUCAGCAGUGCGCGUUUCAGCGGGAGGCGCGCCUCUCCACAGACCCGCGAAGGAGAAGAGCUGCGACAGACCAGCCUGGCGAAACACGGAGAAGCCGGAACCGGGGGAGGUCGGCGAGACCACGACGGAAAGCGUGGCGGAGAAAAAGAGAGAGGGCAAGGAGAACAAGGAAAGCAAGGAGAACAAGGAGAUCAAGAACACGACGACGGCGUCUGCCUCUUGUGCAGAAGCGAUGAUGUUGUCAAGCAGUGGGGAGUUGCGCCCGUCGCUUCGUUUUCGUCGUCGACCGUCCAUGCGGGUGGUUUCUGGGAAAACGCGUUUUUCUCAGUCGCGCCGGAGGACCGGCGACCGUUGCUGUUAGGGCCCUUCUCGGACGAGGCGUUCGGAGGCGCGCUAAGCGAACUGACGGUCGACGGACUGGAGACGAAAAUGCGAGGCGAGCAGAAGCAGCGGGUGUCUGUCCACGUCGCGAGCGACAGAUGCCUGAACUUUGCCGAGAAAAACUUCAAGUACGAAUUCCUGGAUUUCUCGGAUUUGGUGCGUCGAAUCCGAGCCCAAGUCCGGGGCGAACGAGGGGGAAGCCGCAGCUCACACGCAACGGGAAAAGGCGCAAUCGCCGAAGGCGCGGGCGACAGCAGGCAGGACGGGGAGGCGCACGGUACCGAACCUCGUUGUCUCGCGUCGUUGAGCGAAGACUCCACAUUUCGUCGCGAGUUUUAUUAUUUCCGAUCUCUGGGACGACGGCCGGCGAAGGAUCCUUCGGCGCUCUCUGCCAUGAGUUCAGCCAUCGCGGCGAAGUUCCACCUCCCACCGGGGCUUCGAAUUCAAGAUGCGAAUCCGCCGACUCCCUCGUCGCGGUGUCUUUCCUCUUCUCCCCAGCCUUCUGCCUCUUCUCUGCCUUCGUCUCCACCGACCUCUCUUCAGUCUGCUUCCCGUUCGUCAACGUCUUCCACUUCUUGUUCCUCACCUUCCUCUUCCGAUUCUUCUUCCGCUUCUGUUUCUUCGACUAACGCGUUUGCGGCCCUCUCGGCUUCUGCGCGGUCUGCGGAGGCCGUCCCAGGCUCGCCCGUUAGCUCAACUUACCCCCCCUGCUGCGUGGCCACAGCCCUCGGCGCGCCUGCUUCGCGGACUUUCUCGGGACAGCCUCGGGUCUCGGCGCUACUCGAAAAAGAAAGGCAUGCAGUCGGGUCAGCCACAGAAGUUGAGAAGCGUCUGUCGACGAGCGGCGCUUCGCUCGCUUGUGGCAAAACGGUUCUGAAAGACGUCGCAGCCUCCCCCUCUUCUUCCGGGUGCGCCGUUCCUGCGGGGGACGAGACCGAAUCGGCGAUGGAGAUAAGUCGACGGACCGUUUCUGAGGGGCCGAAAGAAGGUUGCAUGCGCGGGGAGAUCAAGAAGAGAGAAGCCGGGGAGACUGCCAGGUGCUGUGGAGAGGACGCGAUGAGGCGUCGGGGAAAACGCGCAGACGAGAAGAACAAAAAGGAGAAGAAAGACGGUGUUCAGGCCGCAGGACGCAGAGACAAAGAUGAGCAUCUCUCUGACUCGAGUGUACGGCUCGAAGAACACUCGACCGUUUUGCGCGUGGCGCAACCAGGAGUGGAGCUGUGGACGCACUACGAUAUUCCAGACAAUUUCCUCGUUCAGAUUUCCGGCUACAAGCGGGUCUUCCUCUUCCCUCCUUCGACAGUCAACAGGCUGGGCAUCCGCGGAUCCUCGUCGUCGAUUAAGGGACUCGUGUCCGGCUGCGCAGAUUUCGCGGCGUAUCCCGAAGCCUGCUCGGCUUUGCGCGAGGCGUCCUUCGUUGAUUUGACUCCAGGAUCGAUUCUUUUCCUCCCUUCUCGCUGGUUGCAUGGCGUCUUCAUGGUCCCCGCUGUAGCCGAUCUCUGCGCGCGCUGCCGGUCCUAUUUAAAGCACCUCGACUCGCGACGUGGGGCGCCGGCGCCUUCGAACGAGGCGAGAGACUCCGCGACAGAGGGGCGAACGAAAAUCGUUCCGGAAGCUUCGUCUCGUGAGGCAGCGCGCGGCGAGAUUGACGCAAGCUGGGAGCGGAAAGAGUGUGAGGAACCGGAGAGAGGAGACCAAGGGUGUGCGAAAAUUGUAAACGUCAGGACUGAACUCGGACGCAAAGCAGAGAGUGACACAGAAAGACACACAAGGACAAGGAUGGUACAGGAAGAGAUGGAGACGGACGCAGAAGGCCACGAAACGGAGAAGGCUGACGCGUGUGUGUCGAUCAACGUCUUUUUCUAUGAUCGAACAGUGCCAAAUGCCGACGUCGUGUACGCAAAGAAGGAUAUCUAUGGAAACAAGUCCGCCAUCAUUUCCUUCUGUCUUUCCUGUCCCGUCGAACAGGAUCCUGAGGUCUACGACCAGGCGCGAACAAUCGUCGCCCAACAGCUCGUUCCAGCGCUCUCGUCCCUGCCCAAGACGGCGGCAGCCUUUUAUCUGCGCAAGCUCUCAGUGGAGCUGCUGGACCUCGCGACCGCCAUGGAAAGCAAGGGGAAUCCCCGGGAGCCCUCCCCCCCCCCCCCCCCCGGGCUUGAGUGGGAUAUAGCGCCUACACGAAACAGGCAUUGCUCUGAUGGUCUAGGAGAAUCGCCUGUGGAAUUGCUUGACGGGGCAGAAUUGGGAAUGCAGAGUGGGCGUGCUGUACCUAUCCUUCCGGUGCGCUGA